UGUAAACACAACUAGCACGUGCUCGAGCACCAGUGACUGUGCGCACUCACACAUGGCCUUACAUCAUUCAGCGGCCAGCUGCGGGUCUGUGCACGUCCAUUGGGGUCGGAUCUGGCUCUUUUGUAAGGACAACUCCGCAAACGCGAUCCACUGAACCUGAGACUCGUUUUGGGAUUGUAGAGAAGUCAUGGCAGGAAACAGAGGUCGCGGAAGGAGCCAGUUCACCUUCAAUGUGGACGCUCUCGGAUUUGGGAGGGGUGAUUCUUUACCCUCAUCUGCACAGACACCUUCUCCUCUUUUCCCUCCCAUGCAGUUUAGGCCAGUGCCUCUGCAUACAGGAGAAGAGGUGGACUACAUGCUCGCUCUUAAGCAGGAGCUGAGAGCCUCCAGCAAGAACCUGCCGUUCCACAUAAAAGCUGCCAGAACAAAGACAGAUGUGGCACGCUACUCUGAUAAAUAUCAAAACGGAGAGCCGAAGAACAACUGCAUUGAAUGGAGUCCAGACUGGAGCCGAAUGCCAAAAGAGCUUUGCAUUAAAGUACGGAAAACAAGGAAAGCUGCUAUAGGUGCCAGACCACAACUCACGCCAAAAGUUGCUGCUAAAAAAGAAGAGGUUCUCCAAAAACUUGAGACCCUUGAGAAAAGAGAAGAAGAGCAGCAUUCUGAGGAAGAGGAGGAUGAAGAGAAGAAGAAAAAGAAUGACGAGGAGGAGGAGCCGGAUGCGGAUGAAGACUACGAUGAAGAGGAGCUCGAAGAUGAGACGGACUACAUCAUGUCCUACUUUGACAACGGAGAGGAUUUUGGAGCGGAUAGUGAUGACAAUAUGGACGAAGCUGUCUACUAGUGUAUUUUAUUUGAAGCUCUUCUCGCUGGGGGAUGAAUAUUUCUGUGAGUGAGAGUGAAAGUAUGUGUUUCAAGAAGAAGCGUCUUGAUUCAAGCCCUCUCUGUGUGCUACACAUACUGACUUUGAUAGUGACUGGUGUUGUAAAGAUCCAGAGACAGAGAGGGAGUGCUGCUGCUAAAGAUGCUGUUGUGUGAUUUAUCAGCUGCUUCACUGAUCCAUACCGAUAUACUGCUGCUGCUGCUGUUCAUUAUGUGACUGAAACACAAUCUGCUCUUAAUUUUUUAGUAUUUUUCGGACUAUAAGUCGCACCUAAGUAUAAGUCGCAUCAGUCCAAAAAUACGUCAUGACGAGGAAAAAAACAUUUAUAAGUCGCACUGGACUAUAAGUCGCAUUUAUUUAGAACCAGGAACCAAGAGAAAACAUUACCGUCUCCAGCCGCGAGAGGGCGCUCUAUGUCUUCAAUGUAGACUACAGGAGAACUGAGCAGCAUAGAGCGCCCUCUCGAGGCUGGAGACGGUAAUGUUUUCUCUUGGUUUAUUUCUCUCAGUUCAUGUCAAAUUAAUUUUGAUAAAUAAGUCGCACCUGACUAUAAGUCGCAGGACCAGCCAAACUAUGAAAAAAGAGCGACUUAUAGUCUGGAAAAUACAUCGGAAAGCUCUGCUUUAAAAGGCUGCACACAGAAGGCAUCUUUCCUUUUUGUCAGACAGAAGAUGACACUACAGACCAUCUCAUGUUUACACCUGAUAAUGCCUUGAAUUGUGAAUUACACCUGUAUAAGAGUGACUUCUCUGUUUUAUUAUUUUUUGUCUGAGUGGUUUGAGUGUGUGAAUGUAUAAUAAAUAGGGGGAAAAAAAAUUAAAGGUUUUUUUUAGGCACGUGAUGCAA